ACUGCUUGAAGCAACUGCCCAACGAAGAAGCAAGAAAGAGAAUAGGAGGCUUCCAUUUCCAUGGCCGCACGCACCUAAACAACUCUUCCCUUUGAAGCCAAACCUUCCAUCAUCAAUCCCCCAAAGUGAAAGCUCGCAAGCAAGUACAAAGCAAACGCCCAAAGUAAAAGCAAAAGCAAAGAAAAAUAAAGAAAACCAAGAAAAAAUCCACCAUAAUAUGAUAAUCGUGACCUGACCUUCCAGGCUUCUCCUGUUUCUUUGGAAUUUAGACUCUCUCUCUCUCUCUCUCUCCAUAUACCUAACUGAGACUGUGAGGAGUUCUUGCUUUGCAGCUCAAGGCCGUGUCUUUGCUUUGCACCUUUGCAGUGGGGGGAGAAGAUGGGCUCUCUGUCCGCUUCUCCGGUGCUUCCUUCGAAGCCGAGGCCGUCGAUCUUCGAACAGCACCGGUCUGCUCUCCCCUACAGGAGACACUCCAAGAAGAAGAACCUGUCGUUUGUUCCGGUUGCGAGGCUGUUCGGGCCGGCGAUCUUCGAGGCCUCGAAGCUGAAGGUUCUGUUCCUGGGGGUGGACGAAAAGAAGCAUCCAGGGAAUCUACCGAGGACUUACACGCUUACUCACAGCGAUAUCACCUCCAAGCUCACGUUGGCCAUAUCGCAGACCAUAAACAACUCUCAGCUGCAGGGAUGGUACAACAGGUUGCAGAGGGACGAGGUGGUGGCGGAGUGGAAGAAGGUGAAGGGGAAGAUGUCUCUCCAUGUCCACUGCCACAUUAGCGGCGGCCACUUCCUGCUGGAUCUCUGCGCCAAGCUCAGAUACUUCAUCUUCUUCAAAGAACUCCCCGUGGUGCUAAGCGCUUUCGUACACGGAGAUGGCAACCUGCUGAACCAGUACCCGGAACUGCAGGAGGCACUGGUGUGGGUCUACUUUCAUUCGAACAUUCCCGAAUUCAACAAGGUCGAGUGCUGGGGCCAACUGAGGGAGGCCGCCGCUCCCAACAACACCGGGUCCCACCGGAAGGAGGACCUGCAGGAAGCUCCCUCAAGCAACUUCAACGCCUGGAGCGUACCGGAGACGUGCCAUGAGGACUGCGAGUGCUGCUUCCCUCCAAUGAGCUCAAUCCCGUGGUUGCAGAAGCUUCACGAGCACGACGGAGAAAGCAGGGCCCUCCAACAGACUCGGACCGAGGUUGUUGAACAAUAGCUUUUGUCGUCUGUCUAUGCCUAGAAACAUCACCAUAGUCAUCGUCAUCAUCCAUCAGUCAGUUAUAGAUUCUUUAGAAGUCUCGUGAUUUGUCUGUAAAUACGUCCAAUGGAAUUAUGGAAAUGUGGAUAGAGUGGCUAAUCGGUCAUUUAAACUUGGAGAUUCCUUAGUAUUGUAGAACAGUACGAGGAACUCUAGAAGAAAGAAGCAGCUGUAUGCGAAAUUGAUGAUUGUAAAUUCAUAAUUGUUCCCUCGAUAAAAAAAAAAAAAACCUUCCUUUGA